AUGAGGGGUGGGAUGUCGAAAACGAGCGCCGUCCUAGAAGAAGACACUGCACGAACGACUGCACACCUGAACGUUGGUGGAGGACUUAGAAAGAAGGCAUCUGGAGUCAGGCAAUGGCUCCUUCUAGAUUCCACGGGUCAGACCCAAGUGGUCGAGGCCGGUAAGCACACUGUCAUGCGGCGGACAGGCCUACCUGCACGCGAUCUUCGUAUCCUCGACCCUAUUUUAUCAUAUCCGUCUACCUUACUAGGGCGUGAACGAGCCAUCGUCAUUAACCUGGAGCACAUUAAGGCUAUAAUUACCGCACAUGAGGUGCUUUUGCUUAAUUCCAAAGAUCCGUCUGUUGCUCCUUUCGUUCAAGAGCUCCAACGCCGUAUCCUGCGUCAUCAUCAUGCAACUGCAGCUCAGGUUUUCUCUAAUUACACUUAUAGCAUUGGGUCAAAGAAGAUUCACAAAUAUUUGUUGUCUAUUCUAUUCAUAGUUGAGGGUAUGGCAAUGGAGGAAGGUAGAGCAUCCACAAGCAGCUGGCAAGAGGGGAUACAUUCUCUUGAUGGAUUGAAACUUCUUCAAUUCGAGUUUAUUGCACUUGAGGCCUGCCUAGAGGCAGCUUGCAGUUGCUUGGGCAAGGAGGCAAGGACAUUGGAGGAAGAAGCCCAUCCAGCUCUGGAUAAGUUGACUACAAAGAUUUGUACUCUCAAUCUGGAGCGUGUUCGUCAAAUUAAAAGUAGGCUGGUUGAUAUUACAGGACGUGUUCAAAAGGUUAGGGAUGAAUUAGAGCACUUGCUUGAUGAUGAUGAAGAUAUGUUUCAGAUGUAUCUGAGUGAUAAACUAGAGCAACGACUUGACAAUGCUUCUUCGUUUAACAAGCUUGAUGAUGUGGAUGAGUCAGAAAUGAAUGAUAGGUUCGCAUCCACCUUGCGUUUGACGCCACCUACUUUUGAAGUUUCUGAGAAUUUUUCCUUUGAUAGAGUCCAUCGCCCUAUGAAAGGCAAUGAGAACAUACAUGAAGGUGUGGAGCCUGGAAGAGUUAGUCAUGGGGCUCGAACGAGCAUAGCCCGAAGUAGUAUGACCAACAAACACCAUGAUGUUGAGGAACUUGAAAUGUUGUUGGAGGCCUACUUUGUUCAGAUAGAUGGUACCUUCAAUAAAUUAUCAACGCUGAGGGAGUAUGUGGACGACACGGAAGACUACAUCAACAUAAUGUUGGAUGAUAAGCAAAACCAUCUUCUGCAAAUGGGUGUCAUGCUGUCAACCAUGAGUCUUAUAGUAGGUGCCCUCGUAGUCAUGGCUGGAGCCUUUGGAAUGAACAUCAACAUUCAACUUUUCAAUGGAGACACUGCAGCCGAAAAGGAAGCUGGUAUGCGUAAAUUUUUGUUCACUGUUGGUGGUGGAACAACUGGUGGCAUCUUCCUAUAUGUUAUCGCUGUCACCUGGUACAAGAACAAAUGGCUUAUACAGUGA